UCGGUUCUUGCAGUUUCAGUCGUCUUCGUCCUCAAAGCGAAAGCGUACAAUUGCAUCCUGAGAGGGAAAAAGGAAAAGGGGAAGGGAAAGGAAAAAACGAAAGCGUCAACGAGUCAACGACGAUGGGUGGAGCAUCUCACGCUAUGAAACGAAUCCCUCGCAUCAAAUUCCCGCAGAGGCAUCCUAAAUCCUCAGGAUCUGCAUCCGCAGCUCAAGGUUCGAGUCAAACAGGCGACGCUGGUUUAGCAUUCUUUUCCGGUUCAAAUGCUUUGGCACCAGCUGCUGGGAAAGCCUCUCUUCAACCCAAGAGAACUCCUGUUUCCAAAGAAGAGAUUGAGGCCAUUUUGUUGGGCGGCUGCUUCUAAUCGAAUGAGUUCUGAAAAAUGGGGCAGAGAAGACUACACCAUAUCACACUCCUUUUCUGUAACCCUGAUUGAUGAUUAUUUUUUGCAUGCUGUGUUAUUUUGGAAUACAACAGUGUACUGAUUAUAAUACUUGUCAAUAAUGUAAGUGUUUGCCAUCAA